AUGGUUUGGACCCCAGGCCAAGACAUGGAGCGACUGAGAAGAUCCAUUUUGGGCGGGGAUGAGGCCGCAGACAUCGUGCUCAUGCCCAAGGUAGCAUUGUUGCUGACACUCACACCCAGUGCGGGAGGGCGUCUACCUUCGUCAUCACCCAGCAUGCGCGCGUCACGCGAAGGGACCUCAUCUAUAUUGGCCAAUGGAUCCGGCACACCCGCGGAAUCGCAUAUUCCCUCUGGACCAUCAGAAUUCUCGCUAAUUAUAGAUCUCGUGGCUUCAAACAGAGCCUUGUCCCUGUCGGUUCCAGACCUCGUAUUUGGUGUCGAGUAUGCUCGUUGCGGCUGUAAUUGUAGCUGCGGCUGCGUCUGUACUCUGCUAGGAUACGCAUGCGAAUUGAUGUACGCGUGUGGUAGUGGAGGCGAAUGCACAACUCCUUGCCCUCCAGAGUUUCUUCUACUACGAUUUACACUAAAAGUGCCGUUGAUAACCUCCUCACGAUCUUCUAGGUCUUCCAGAUACUGUUGUAAGUAA